AUGGUGCUUCUACACAUUAUCGACGGAGACGCAGCCCCAGAGGUCGGGCCUGCAACAGAGCGACGACGAAAAGCGAACACCGCAAAGCGAGCAAAGCGACGACAGUCGAAGGAUCACCCCGCACCACUAGAGGCUGUUGGUGAUCCAGAGAAGCGUGCAACGUCCGGAAGUGCACUGGAGGCACGGAGCAAUGCACGAACUCCGAGAGCAACCGCGGUUGUCGCCUCGUGCACAGAAGUUUCUCGCCAGAGCGCCAUAGCAACUGUUGAACAGCAGCCUUCUGCCCUGCACUCGGGUGCGCUCGGUUUAGACUCUGAUUCUCAUGCACGAACGCCGACUGGACUUACUGCACCAGGUACAGGUGUCGAGCCUCACUCUGAUCAAGAGCGUUUGCACGCUACGAUAUCAUCGAAGGGCGCUCCAAGCGCAACUGGACCGCUAGGUGUUGCCUCAUUGGCAGCAUUCGUCGGGGCAACUUGUCGAGGCAAAGGAACUCGAGCGGGCACAGCGGUUUGCAUCGGGACCGAGCGAAAAUCCGCACGAAGGCAUCGGAAUACCGCCGGAACCUCGGGCGAUGGUACCGUAUUGACCACCAAUGCUCAUACCACUGCACGAAAGCCGAAGCAAUCUACCAGUUUGAACCGAUCCCCGCCACAGAAGGUUGAUGGAAACGAGUCGAAAUGCGCUGCUGUUUUGGCAUCAGGUACCGAAGGUCUUGCGGUUCAGGAGCACGCGCGGCACAACCAUUCACAGGGUGUCUCGCUUGCACAAGUAGAGUUCCGAGCGCUUCCGCUCGAUCCUUCGCUGUGCUAUCACGUCCAGCAUCGACUUGGCUGGCAACAGCCAACCAGGAUUCAACAACGGGCAAUUGAUGCGCUGCAAAGUUCAGUGCAGAGGUCCAGUGAUCGGCCUACGUUGCCUUUAUGGAGUAUUCGCGCGCACACCGGUACCGGUAAGACCGCAGCAUACCUGUUACCAAUAAUUCACUGGAUGCUACAAAAGCACCCACGAAUGGAACGCUCUUAUGGAACGGUUGCCGUUGUUCUGGCUCCGACGCGGGAGCUCUGCGUCCAAAUCGAGGACAUGGCUCGUGCGUUCCUGCGCCCAUAUCACUGGCUUGUCGCUUCAGCGUUUGUCGGCGGUGAGAAACGCAAAUCUGAAAAAGCACGUCUGCGUCACGGUACGAAUCUGGUUAUCGGCACACCGGGUCGAUUGUGGGACCAUCUCCAGCAGACCUCCAGUUGGCAUUUGGAGCAUUGCGAGUGGUUCAUACUCGAUGAGGCGGAUCGGAUGCUCGAUCUAGGCAUGGCAGAUACCGUUCGAUCUGUGUGGACUGAAGUCUUGCAGCGACAUCGCAGCGGUAAUGCGACGCGAUCCGCAACUGCUCUCAAUGGGACGAGCGUCCCGGUGGGUCCGUUACGAACCGUGUUUGUAUCUGCUACGAUGCGUUCAGAGCAUGUGGAAAAGCUCUGCGAGAUAUGCGCUCUCGAUAAGCUCGCUGACGGAGGUAACGCUCCAGCAGCGACAAUGCAGUGCAUCGACGACGACGAUGCUGCUGCUGCUGCUGCUUCUACUACAGCGGAUACGCGUCAUCGUGCUGCAGUCGCAGUCGAUGCUCAUGCGGUUCAUGAACGCACGGGUCAUGGCGAUUGCGAGCAAGCAAUAGAGCGCGGGGAUGAGACGCGCCUGCUCGUGCAUGCGGCCUCGAACUUGUACUCUAGAGCACGGCGGAGCACGCAGCUCGACGCCUUACCCGGAGACCUGUCCAGCAGUCCUAUCCUGCAUUGCUUCCGCCUGGUGCCGACACGCUACCGCCUUGCUGAACUGGCCUGCGUCCUGCACGCUUUCGGCAACGGCGUCCUUCAGCGGGCCCUGGGUCCUUUGCUACCUUGCACGGACGAGUUCAUUCGACCCGAAUCAAGGAAAGCGCUGGUAUUCGCAUCGACGUGCGCGUCAGUGGACUUUCUUUACGAACUCUUCCGACAACUGGGGAAGAGGCAAGAGCCGCUGUUACCAGAGGAGCAGGCUGAAGUAUCCCCACCAGAGCCAGUUCUCAAUUCGAACGGUUCCGCCUAUUCAACAGGUCUUCAAUGUCAGCUCUUUCGCAUUCAUGGAAGUAUGACGCAGACGGAGCGUAUCCGAACUUUUCGUGCUUUCCGAAAAAUGCUUUCAACGCCUUGUCUUCUGUUUUGCACCGAUGUUGCAGCGCGUGGUCUGGACAUUGCGGAUCUCUCGCUCUCCGUACACUACGAUCCACCGACUAGCGACGGCGACCAGGAAUACUGGCACCGCGUCGGUCGCACGAGCCGUAUGGGUUCGGUGGGCGCUUCUGUGGUCAUCCUCCAAGAACACGAGUCCGGUUACCUUUCAUGGAUGGCAUCCAGGUACGGCUUCGAGUGGCGAUCGCUUCCCUGCCUCGCACAACAGGUGCAAGCACGUGACGGCAUUCGUUCGAUGUCGGGCUCCAGGGAGGCUGGUGGUGCAUUUGGCGAGGCUCACCACAGCGUCCGAGCUGAGACCUAUGCCGCCCAUCAGUCGUUCCUACAGGAAAUUCGGUACCUGGUGGAGACUGUGCCCUCUCUGGAGCCACUCGCUAGAAAAGCUUUUUCAAGUUACGUGAGGAGCUAUCGAACCCAUUCCCGGGAUAUGCGGCACAUCUUCGAUGCUCGCUGCCUUCAUUUGGGCCUUUUGGCGGAUAGUUUUGGUUUACGUGUCGUGCCUCGGUUUGCAGGUGCAGACCACGAGCCUCCAUUGACCAGGAUGCCGUCGCGGAGCACACGUGCGCUGCCCAGGAAACGCGCUCCGGUUUCGAACGCACUUGUAGAACGCUCCGCAGCUAGGCAGAGGCGACGUCCGAGCGACCAGCUGCUUUCGACGACCAUCGAUCGACGGAGCGAGUUUUUGGCUUAG